UCACGCCCGCUCUUAAAGAAAACCAACAAACAGCAGCCAGAAAAACACACAUACACACCGAAACACACACGUCAGCGGACUAGCGGCACAGACCAACGCGAAGGGUUUAAUAUAUAGUCUCUUUAUUCCGGGAGCUUCUCGUUUUACUCAUAUAAGGAAUCGCCCACCUUCAGAGAGAUGGCCCAGGAGACCAAUCAAAGCCCCGUGCCCAUGCUCUGUGCCACCGGCUGCGGUUUCUAUGGCAACCCUCGGACCAGCGGCAUGUGCUCGGUCUGUUACAAAGAGCAUUUAACAAGACAAAACAAUGGGGGAGUCAGUCCGAUUAGCACAAUGGCUUCCAGCAGUGUCACCAGUAGUCCUACCUCUGAAGCCUCGGCCAUCCAGAUCAUUGAAGCGACACUAAACCACUCCUCCGCUGCUAGCGCCGAGUCGCCCAACAGCGCCGCCACCGCUGCCCUCCCGGUCACACAACAGAUGACGGAGAUGAGCAUUUCCUGUGAAGACGACGUGGGCUCGCCGAAAGCAGAAGUUCCUGAACCGGUCGUCACUCAGCCCACAGCGUCCGCUGCACCCCCGAGCUCAGCCGGCGGGGACGAGGCCAAGACGCCCGAGGCCCCCAAACACAAGAAGAACCGAUGCUUCAUGUGCCGCAAGAAGGUCGGCCUGACAGGGUUCGACUGCCGCUGUGGGAACCUGUUCUGCGGACUUCAUCGCUACUCGGACAAGCACAACUGCCCCUACGACUACAAGGCAGAGGCUGCCGCCAAGAUCCGCAAGGAGAACCCCGUCGUGGUCGCCGAUAAGAUUCAGAGAAUAUAAACCGCCGGCCGUCUUCACCUCGACUCUGCGAGAGAUCGGAUAAAAGGACUCGCACUUUGACCUGUGAUUCUAAAGACUAGUUUUUUUAAUUACAGUAUGGGAAAGAAUCUUGUUUCUAAGCCAAUGCAUGAGUGAUCACUUUGUUUCCAUCUUUCUUUUGCUUUCUGUUGGUAUAUGAGCUUCAAGUUAAAACAAACGAGAGGAAAAAG